GGGGGCAGGUUUCAGUUUUACAGAGACUUGACUUGCUGUAGAGAAUGUAAGAGACUACACACUUAGCUCUGAACUACUCUUUAGAUACAUUUUAAGUUUACUGGUAAACUAAAUAUUCCUAAUCUAAGAAUAUCAUACUGAAAUCUGAGUAUGAGAUAGAUCAACUAUAGGGACUUUUCUAAAUAUUUUUUUUUAAUUGUAAUUUUGGUCGAAGAAGCAGCCUUCACACACCUGGAGCAGAAGAAGUGGACCGUCUAUUUCCCAAACCACCGACACACAGACAUCCAAGUAAGAGAGUCUAUUGUUGAGGUAGUUCAAUCAUUUCACCUGUAACUCUCCAGUGACUCUAGCAGCUCUGUCCUGCUACAGGGCACAGGUGAAACAGACAGACAUGUCCACCGGCUCAGUAAGCGACGGAGAGGACGUUGAGACACGUCACAAACGGACAGACGCUCCGUUCGAAAGCAGUAAAACCAAACGGAACGUUGCACAGGACCACUACGCCUCCACCGAGUACUCAGACGAUGAGUUCGGUAAUGACGGAGGUUACGAAGUCGAGACCAAGCGAACACGCAUCACUGCUGCCGGAGGAAAACUAGUUGUGAAAGGACGGCAGAUACAAAGGAACGCUGCAAACGCCAGAGAGAGGGCGAGGAUGAGGGUGCUGAGCAAAGCCUUUUCCAGACUGAAAACCAGCCUGCCGUGGGUACCGGCCGAUACCAAACUGUCCAAACUGGACACGCUGCGACUAGCAUCUAGCUAUAUAUCACACCUCCGACAGCUACUACAAGACAACCACUACGAGAGCAGCUUUGUACACCCUGUCAACCUGACUUGGCCAUUUGUGGUAGGUAGAUCAGAGGACAACAAGGACAUUUCUGCAGCCAGACAGUGUGGAGCUACAUCAUAGGACAAGAGAGACCGCUCUCUCCUGGGACUGUCUUCUUCUACCAUGGCUGCUGGCACCCUAUUCCCUUCAUAGUGCACUAAAUUACUGCACUGUAUAAGGAAUAGGGUGGAUGCCAUUUGGGACUAAUUCCAAGUAUUAUUUUUUUUGUCCUAUGUCUAAUACUAUUAGAAUAUUUUUAUAUUCCAUAUCGGUGAUUUCUUUAUGGACUUUAAUGGAUCAUUUUAUUGUCGUAAACUUGCCAGGUGGAAGUGAGUGUUUCUUUUAUAUCCAAUCAGUGAUGAGAUGAGAAAACAGGACCGAGGAAAAACAAGAAACUUCAACAGCAUUGAUGUUAUAGACUGGCACACUACACUGAGUGUACAAAACAUUAAGAACACCUUCCUAAUAUUGAGUUGACCCCCCUCCCAUUUUGCCCUCAGGACAGACUCAAUUCGGGGGCAUGGACUCUAUAAGGUGUCAAAAGUUUUCCACAGGGAUGCUGGCUCCAUGUGUUUCCCACAGUUGUGACAACUUGGCUGGAUGUCUUAUUGGGUGGUGGGAUCAGUCUUGAUACAUGAGCGUGAAAAACCCAGCAUUUCUUGACACACUCAAACCCGGUGCACCUACUACCAUAUCAAAUUCAAAGAACUUCAAUAUUUAGUCUUGCCCAUUUGGCACACAUACGAAAUCCGUGUCUCAAGGCUUAAAAAUCCUUCUUUAAACCUGUCUCCUCCCCUUCAGCUACACCGAUUUGAAAUGGAUUUAACAAGUGACAUAAAUAAGAGAUCAUAGGUUUUCACCUGGAUUCACCUGGUCAGUCUGUGAAAGAGCAGGUGUUCUUAAUGUUUUGUCCACUCAGUGUAUAUAAUCUAUUACUUAUAAUACAGGGAGGAAAUAGUACAUGUUUCCUCCUUUAGCUUGUGGGAAGUUGUACUUCUUCUUUUUUUUACUUUACAUUUUACAUUUGGGGAAGAAGGAAGUCUCUAAUCAGGUGAUUAGAAGGAGUUGUUCAUUUUGAGUCUGUCCUCUCUUGCUAACCAUGUAAUUGCCAGGCUACGAUCACUAAUUCGUUAGGUUGGUUAAGGUUGUGCUUUGUUUGUUUGGUAUUCACCUAAAGUCUCGUUCAAGUGUUCGUUAGCGUUCCAUCUUUCUCUGACCUUCGACCUCACUCCGCCAACAGUUGAUAAUUGAUGUUUGUGUUCUUAUCAUUCACCUACAGCUGUCAAAAUGUUGCCCUUUUGGGGGGGGGGGGGCAGUUUUGUUAAGUGGUCACCAGUCUCUGGGCUGAGAUUGUUGUCCAUAAAUGCUCUGUGUUUGUAUGACCGUUCGUUUGAUAGGUUGCCUUACCUUUCUUUUCAGUGGGCAGCAGAAGAGGACAUAUUGCUAGUUCUGCCCUGGUUACUGGAAUUUCGGUGUACAUGAAGGAUGUUUUUGAGAAAUUCAAGGGUCAGUUUUUCUGUGGGUGUUUUGUGCCAUGAUCUGUAUUUUGACUUUAACAGUGGGUCCCAUAUUUCACUGACAUUCAGGAGGAUUGGUUGGAUUUUGCAGCCAAAUAUUUGGAGCCAGAUUUAAUUUUUUUCUACUGUUUUCUUUAUUGAGUAGUAUUUUCUGUUGAGACAACAUCUAUCACUGAUAGACUGUUGUAACUCCUGUUGAGACAACAUCUAUCACUGAUAGACUGUUGUAACUCCUAUUGAGACAACAUCUAUCACUGAUAGACUGUUGUAACUCCUGUUGAGACAACAUCUAUCACUGAUAGACUGUUGUAACUCCUGUUGAGACAACAUCUAUCACUAAGUGACGAUGUUGUAACUCCUGUUGAGACAACAUCUAUCACUAAGAGACGAUGUUGUAACUCCUGUUGAGUCAACAUCUAUCACUGAUAGACCAUGUUGUAACUCCUGUUCUGUUGAGACAACAUCUAUCACUGAUAGACUGUUGUAACUCCUGUUCUGUUGAGACAACAUCUAUCACUGAUAGACCAUGUUGUAACUCCUGUUCUGUUGAGACAACAUCUAUCACUGAUAGACUAGAAUGUAUCUCCUGUUCUGUUCGAGCUGUAGAUUGCUCAAACUGUGUUGCAAAUUCAUCAAUAUAGAUAUUAAACCAUGUCGGUCUCAGAUUGGUGAC